UUCAACUCUAAGGAGCACCUACCUAUCUACUAGUAGUACAUAGUUAAUAACUAGCAGGUGCAUACCAUCAUCAGGCUGCGUCCGUGUGCUACAGAUUACGGUUUGCCGACUGCUUCUUCCUCACCUCCCCUCCAAACACAUACACACGCACACACGCCCAUUGAAGCAAGACAAUCCUCAAGGGACGGGACUGCUCUACGCACCAUGUCUCAAUCACUCCGCCCUUACCUUCAAUGCGUGCGAAGCACUCUGACUGCCGCUCUUUGCCUCUCCAACUUCGCCUCCCAGACUUCUGAGCGCCAUAAUGUCCCCGAAAUCGAAGCCCAAACAUCCCCCGAGGUUCUACUCAACCCCCUGGUAAUCGCCCGAAACGAAAACGAGAAGGUCUUGAUCGAGCCCAGCAUCAACAGCGUACGAAUCAGUAUCAAGAUUAAGCAGGCCGACGAGAUUGAGAACAUCCUCGUCCACAAGUUCACCCGUUUCCUUACCCAGCGAGCAGAAGCCUUCUUUAUCCUCAGGAGGAAGCCGAUCAAGGGCUACGAUAUCUCCUUCUUAAUAACAAACUUCCACACCGAGGAGAUGUUGAAGCACAAGUUGGUGGACUUCAUUAUUCAAUUCAUGGAAGAGGUCGACAAGGAAAUCUCAGAGAUGAAGCUAUUCUUGAACGCACGAGCAAGAUUCGUAGCCGAGUCUUUCUUAACACCCUUUGACUAAGUGAAAUUUACAUACGGGAUAGAAUGUUGGGGUUCCUCCUAGUUGAUGAAGAGAAGAUGAAGGCAUGAACUAUGAAUCUGCUGUUCAUAGAAAUGCAUGAAUUAACAUACCCAAAACAUCCGCCGGCGAGACCGCACAGACAAGUAGUGCACCCUGGUGAUACGCUUUACUUAGACACAUAAAAUGAUAGCAAUCAAUGGAUUUUAGGUUAGGAUUUUAUUUGAUUUGCUUAACCAAUCUAUGCUCUUUCUACGGGGAGAGGGAUCGUUUAAGAUUGGUUGAUCUCAGCAGUGUUGCCAUUAACAGAUUCGGAUGCUACCUUCCUUUCUUCCUUAUGAACCUUACUUUAGACAUUUGUAUCCUACCGCAAUUUCACCUGGAAAUGUCUUUGUUCCACUAGAGUUAUAGUAAUCUCGUUAGUUCAUCACGAUCUCAUACGGGUUGAGUAGUGCUCCCGCAUGUUCCAU